UUGGAGCAUUUUUUGGAAUUUUUGCGGUUAGCUCAAAAAUGUUCACAAUUCGGAUCGGAUUUCAGCCGCAGAAUAGAUUUUUAAUGAAUUUUCGAACUGGGAGCAUAUUUUUCACCGAAAAAAUCGAUUUGAAAUCUCACAUUUAAAAAAAUCUUCAAAAUCCCACCUUAUUUUCAGUCACAUUUCACCAAAAUCAAUUCCUCCACUUCCGCUAACUCCAACAACUCCAACUCCAAAAAUCAUCCCAAAUGGAAUCUCGCAUCCAACUCCACCAAUUACACCAACUUCCACGAUCUCCCAGAAAAAUAAGAAGAAGAAAAAUAAGAACAAGUUCAAAAAUGAGCAAAGAGCACCGGGAGGAGCUGAGAGCAAAGUGAGCACAAAUGGACAUUUAUUUGAGAAACCGGUGAAAAGUCCGGUGAUUUUGAAUGGAGUCAAAUCUGGAGGUGUGGCUGCUGAAAAAGAACGAUUUAUUCGACAACAAUUACCGAUUGAUUUAGUGGAGACACAAUUAAUGCAUGAAUUGGUGACGAAACAGACGACGAUUGUGAUUGGAGAAACUGGAUCGGGAAAAUCGACACAGGUUCCGCAGGUGAAUUUUUUGAAAGGGGAGAGGGGGGAGGAGUCUAGAAUUUUUCAAGUUAUUUUUGGUCAAUCAUAAAAAUUGGAAAAUUUCAAAACCCAUGGAAAUGAUUUCUCGAAAAAUGAAUACAUUUUUGAAAUUAACAUUUGAAAUUCAAAAUUUUCACUCUGGAAAUCCAAUAAAUUGAAAGCUCUUUUAAUUCUGAAAACAUGACCUGAAGCUUUUCUAAAUGGAACCCUGAGAAAAACUCUAAAUCCAGAUUUAAGUGAAUUGAAAAUCACAUUUUUUACAAACCUAUCAGGUUUCUCACCAUUUUUUUCGGAAAUAAACAAUUCCAUUGUUUUGUCGAAACGUGACCCACGUCAAAAAUUCCAUCAUUUCCAGAUAUGCGUUCGUGCGGGUCUCGCUGCAAAUGGUCGAAUCGCCGUGACUCAACCGCGUCGAGUCGCAGCUGUUUCGCUGGCGACUCGCGUCGCAACUGAAAUGGGAUGCGAAAUUGGAGAAUCGGUCGGGUAUCAUGUUCGAUUCGAGAAUAUGACUGGUCAAAAAACCGAAAUUGAAUAUAUGACUGAUGGAAUUGUAUUACGGUAAGGGGGUCUUUGAGCUCUCAGAUUAGCACCUGAAAUUUCAAUUUUUAAAAAUCUCUCAAAAUCCCUUUCAAACUUUCUAGAAAAGCCUUGAUCUCACCACUUUUGGAUCAAUAUUCAACAGUAAUAAUCGACGAAGCUCACGAACGAAGUCUCCAUUCCGAUGUUUUGAUGUGUAUUCUGAGAAUAUGUCAAGAACAACGAGCCGCCUCGAAAAACCCGCUCAGAUUGAUUAUCAUGUCAGCCACACUUCAAGCCGAAAAAUUCCAGAAAUAUUUCGAUAAUGCAAAUGUUAUCGUGGUUUCUGGUCGAACUUUUCCAAUUGAUGUUUAUUAUGUUUCGCCGGUUUCUGCCAAGGGUUUUUCGGUUUCGGAUUAUGUGCAAAAUAUGAUUGUUACGGUGAAAAAUGUGCAUUUGACGGAGCCGAAAGGGUGAGUAGUUUUGAGGGGAGAAAAUUUGAAAACUCAAUAAUUUUGCAUUAGAAAAAUGUAGUAUUUUCAACCAAAAAUCAAAAAGUGACCAAACAAUUAUGUGGUAACCUGAAAAUUGUGUUUUGCAACGAAAAUUUUGAAAAAAAGUUAAAAAUAUGUUUUUAUUCUAAUUUAGAAAGUAAAUGUUCUCCAACCCUUUUUUUUUCAAAAAAUCUAACUUCUGAGCUGAAAAUUUCGAAGUUUUGACAAGAUUCUUGAAUUUAACCCAUUUGAAUUUUCCUAUCCACUAAAAUCAUAUCUGAAACAAAAAAUUUGAUCGCAUUGGUGAUAUUAAAAGUUUUUGAAACAGUAAAAAUUAUAGGAAGGAAAAAUAAUGAAAUGUUUAUUUAUUUAUCUUGAAAAUUGUGUAAAUUCAAAAAUCAUUGUUCCCUCUUUUCGCCAAAUUUAUGUUAAAUUUUUGAAACAGUAAUUUUUUUUCGACAGUUUUCCUUCAAUCAAUCAUUCAUUUAUCAAUGUAAACAUAUAUCCCCUUUUUUUGAAACAACAAUUUCUUUCUCCUUCACCCAACCAAACCCUCUAUUUUUCAGCCACGAUAUUCUGGUCUUCCUAACUGGUAGUGAUGAAAUUCAAAGUGCCUGUGAACACAUUCAAAAUCUGAAUUCAAGUCUUCCGGCUGGCGCUGAUGUUCUAAUGCCAAUCCCACUUUAUGCCGCACUUCGACCCGAUCAACAAAAACUUGCAUUUAGGCCAACUCCAAAAGGAACUCGCAAAAUUAUUAUUUCGACAAAUAUUGCCGAAACAUCGGUGACGAUUCCUGGUAUUCGAGUGGUUAUUGAUUCGGGAAAAGUCAAAACUAAGUGAGGAGAGGGGGUUUUUGGGAAGCGGGAGCGGGAAACUGGGGAAAAUGUGUGAGGCUUGAAAUUCUGAUCAUUUUGAAUGUAAAUUUGAAUUUAAAAACUUGCCACGUGGAUUUUUUAAAAAAUUUCUUGUAACAUUUCAAAAUAUUUUUGCUACGUGGAAGUUUGAAAAUUUUUCCAAUUUCCAGACGAUUUGACGCGGUUGAUCGUAUUGAUAUUCUAAAAAUCCACAAUAUCAGCAAAGCUCAAGCAAAACAGCGAACAGGUCGAGCUGGAAGAGAUGCCCCUGGAAAAUGCUAUCGAUUAUAUCAAAAAUCGGAUUUCAAAAACUUCGACGCCGAAAAUAUGCCAGAAAUUCUGCGAUGUAAUCUAUCAGCAACAUUUUUGGAAUUGAUGAAACUUGGCAUGAAAAAUCCGCACAGUUUGAAAUUGAUCGAUUCGCCGGAAAAAAAGAAUAUCGAAGCGGCUUUGUUGGAAUUGACAUCACUUGGAGCAAUUCGACCAACAAAUUCCGAGAGGACGAAAUUUGUGCUGACUGAAAUGGGAGACAAAUUUUGUAUGUAUCCAUUGUCGCCAGAUCAUUCGAGGUUGGGAAUUUUUGAAGAGGGGAAGGGGAAGGGUUGUAAUUUCUGAAAAUCAGAACCCUGCCACGUGGAUUUUGGAUCUAACAUAAAAAUUUCAAAUUGUGGCUCAAAAAUUCAAUAUUUUACUGAAUGUUCUGAAGCUGAAAUUAGUUUUUCUCAAAAAAAUUUAAAAUUAAAUUUUGGCAUGAAAAUAAAACCUUGCCACGUUGUUUUUUACCCUUUUUUGACAAUUCAAAUUUUCCUGAAGUUUAUUGAGCCCACACAAGUUUGGAUAAGUUGAAAAACCGCCCAUUUUUCUUGCAGAAUCCUAAUCCAAGCACAAAAAGAGGGUUGUAUUAUGGAAGCGAUUAAAAUUGUGGCCGCAAUGCAAACCGAAUCAAUGUUAUCCUCAUCUUCGUCUUCCGACAUCCGAACAAAUGCAGAAAUCGAGCGAAUUCGACGAAAAUUCGAAACAAUGGAAGGAGAUCAUAUCACUUUGUUGAAAAUUGUCCUAACAACAAAUCAUUUUUUCGAACAAUUGAACAAAAAAACACAACAAGACGCGAGAUUUGGAAAACAUUGCGAAAAAACGCUGAAAAACGAGUAUAAUCAAGCGAUUAAGAAGUUUUGCAACGAUAAUUUUAUAAAUGAACAACAUUUGAAAACGGCCUCACAAAUUGAGGAACAAUUGAAAGAGAUUGCAGUCCAGAAUAAGAUUCCGUUUUCGACUUGUGCUAGUGAAUUUUCCAAAGUUCGGUGAGUUUUGGAAAUCUAGAAAUAUUGGCUGAAAAUAUGAAAAGCUAGAAAUCAAUAACUUUGUCUGAAAUUGGAAAAUAUCUGAAUAUUUUUGCCACGUCAUAAGCUCUGGAUUUUGGAAAAAUAUUUGAUUCAACUGAAAUUCCCAAAAAAAUCAGAAAAAUUUAUAAUUUAAAGGGUUGGUGCUUUCCUGGUGAAAAAAUCGUCUGCAAAAAGGCGUCACAGUGUUGUUUUCAAAGUUGUGUGCAAACACACACACGAAAAUUCAAAAACAAGUUGUGCGCUAGAGCGCAUUUACAUGCUUUAUUUCGUAGGUUUUAACUCGCUUGUGUUUUUGAGGAAAAACAUGGGCUGAAUUGAUACUAGAAUUUUUUCUAAAACUGGAACCUUCCAGGAGCACCUUAUUCCUAUCUAAACCAAGCAAAAUUCCCUGGCGGAGCACCAACCCUUUAAGCUGAAAAAUGUUAUGACGUGGAAAAAUGAAUUAUUACAAAAAUUUUGAAAAUAAGUUUUCAAGCUAUUUUUCGACGUCAUAACGUUAUUGGAAUUUCCAGCCAAAAAUUUUUUCAGAGAUCAAAACUUGAGCGAUUUUCCUCCAUCAAUAUUUUUCCCUAUUUUCAGAAAAGCAAUUGCUCUUGGUUUGUUCUUAAAUACUUGUGAAUAUAAUCGACAAGAUGACAGAUAUCGAUUACUUAUAAAUCCUGCAAUUACUGUCAAAAUUCAUCCAUCUUCAUGUCUUUCAAGGGUUCGUUUUAUUUUUUUUAUUCAAAAAAAUUUGCUGUUUCAAAAAAUGUGUAUAUUUUGAGAGGGUUUCUUUUGGAUGAUUAUUUCUUCAGUCUUUUUGAUGAAAAAUUGAAUUUUCUCGAAUUUUGGUACCAAAAUCUACAGUAAUCCCAUCCUAACUCAAUUAUUUUUCCAGUCAAAACCGGCCUACAUUGUCUUCUCCGAAUUGAUGAAAACCACCGAACUCUAUGCACUGUAAGUUUUUUCUGAAUUUUUGGCAUAAAAAUGGUCAUUUUUGAUUGAAUGUUCAAAACUCUCAAGAAAAUUACCCGAAAUUCGCAAUAUUCAAGAACAAAUUUCUAAAAAUUCCAAAUUUUCAGCCCAAAACUUCUUUGAAACUCCACAUAUUUUCUGAAAUUCCCAAUUUUCAGCCAAGUCACUCUAAUCGACAUCGAAUGGGUUCAACCGCUAAUCGCGGCGCACAAAAAAACCAAAUCCAAUCACAUUGCCGAAAGUAUUGAGCGCAUGAAUUCGCUGAUUUCCACAGAAGGACAUCCGGCUCAAAAGAAAGCCAAAUUAUCGUUAUAA